GGGGACAGGACUCAGGGGGACAGGACUCAGGGGGUCAGGACUCAGAGGAUCAGGACUCAGAGGAUCGGGACUCAGAAGGACAGGACUCAGAGGAUCGGGACUCAGAAGGACAGGACUCAGAGGAUCGGGACUCAGAAGGACAGGACUCAGAGGAUCGGGACUCAGAGGGACGGGACUCAGAGGGACGGGACUCAGAGGAUCGGGACUCAGAGGAUCAGGACUCAGAGGAUCAGGACUCAGAGGGUCAGGACUCAGAGGGUCAGGACUCAGAGGGACAGGACUCAGAGGGACAGGACUCAGAGGAUCGGGACUCAGAGGAUCGGGACUCAGAGGAUCAGGACUCAGAGGAUCAGGACUCAGAGGGACAGGACUCAGAGGGUCAGGACUCAGAGGGUCAGGACUCAGAGUGUCAGGACUCAGAGGGACAGGACUCAGAGGAUCGGGACUCAGAGGGACAGGACUCAGGAUCGGGACUCAGAGGAUCGGGACUCAGAUGAUCAGGACUCAGAGGAUCAGGACUCAGAGGGACAGGACUCAGAAGGACAGGACUCAGAAGGACAGGACUCAGAGGAUCGGGACUCAGAGGGACAGGACUCAGAGGAUCGGGACUCAGAGGGACAGGACUCAGAGGGACAGGACUCAGAGGGACAGGACUCAGAGGGAAAGGACUCAGAGGGACGGGACUCAGAGGGACGGGACUCAGAGGGACGGGACUCACGGGGACAGGACUCAGGGGGACAGGACUCAGAGGGUCAGGACUCAGAGGGACAGGACUCAGAGGGUCAGGACUCAGAGGGACGGGACUCAGAGGGACAGGACUCAGAGGGUCGGGACUCAGAGGGUCAGGACUCAGAGGGACGGGACUCAGGGGGACAGGACUCAGGGGGUCAGGACUCAGAGGAUCAGGACUCAGAGGGUCGGGACUCAGAGGGACGGGACUCAGAGGGACGGGACUCAGAGGGACGGGACUCAGAGGGACAGGACUCAGAGGGUCGGGACUCAGGGGGUCAGGACUCAGAGGAUCAGGACACAGAGGGUCAGGACUCAGAGGGACGGGACUCAAGAGGAUCAGGACUCAAGAGGAUCAGGACUCAAGAGGGACGGGACUCAAGAGGAUCAGGACUCAAGAGGGACGGGACUCAAGAGGAUCAGGACUCAAGAGGGACGGGACUCAAGAGGAUCAGGACUCAAGAGGGACGGGACUCAGACGGACGGGACUCAGAGGGACGGGACUCAGAGGAUCGGGACUCAGAGGAUCGGGACUCAGAGGGACGGGACUCAGAGGAUCGGGACUCAGAGGGACGGGACUCAGAGGGACGGGACUCAGAGGGACGGGACUCAGAGGGACGGGACUCAGAGGGACGGGACUCAGAGGAUCGGGACUCAGAGGAUCGGGACUCAGAGGAUCGGGACUCAGAGGAUCAGGACUCAGAGUGUCAGGACUCAGAGGGUCAGGACUUAGAGGGACAGGACUCAGAGGAUCGGAACUCAGAGGGACAGGACUCAGAGGGUCAGGACUCAGAGGGUCAGGACUCAGGGGGACAGGACUCAGAGGGUCAGGACUCAGAGGGUCAGGACUCAGAGGGACAGGACUCAGAGGGUCAGGACUCAGAGGGACGGGACUCAGGGGGACAGGACUCAGAGGAUCAGGACUCAGAGGGUCAGGACUCAGAGGGUCAGGACUCAGAGGGUCAGGACUCAGAGGGUCAGGACUCAGAGGGAUGGGACUCAGACGGACGGGACUCAGAGGGACGGGACUCAGAGGGACGGGACUCAGAGGGACGGGACUCAGAGGGACGGGACUCAGAGGGACGGGACUCAGAGGAUCAGGACUCAGAGGGACGGGACUCAGAGGGACGGGACUCAGACGGACGGGACUCAGACGGACGGGACUCAGAGGGACGGGACUCAGAGGGACGGGACUCAGAGGGACGGGACUCAGAGGGACGGGACUCAGAGGGACGGGACUCAGAG